AGCUCAGUUUCAUUCAGAAGUUAAGCUUAAACGCGUCUACGUCAGUCAGUCAGUUAGUCAGUUUCUUGCUUUUCUGUGUCCCGCUCGCGUUCGUUGCUCAUUAGGCAAUUGCGAAAAUUUUUUCGAUUUUUACAAAGUUCUUGUGAAAUAUGUACGUAUGAGCUAGACACACACACAAACACACUCACAUACCAUACAGACACACUUAAAUACAUACUUAGUUAGUCUUUUGGCCGUGCGUUAGCGUUAUAUUUGUGUGUUGUGGUUUUUGCGGUUUUCAGUUCCAGUUUCAAUUGAUUGCAAGCAGGAGCACAACAACUACAACAACAACACAGCAACGAGUGCAACAGCGACAGCUACACCAACAACAAGUGCAACUGCAAUAGCUACAGCAGCAAGCGCAGCGGGCAGCAAAAUUGUUGUUUUGAACAACUUUAGCAGCGAAUCGCUUAAACAGAAAUCAACACAGAAGCCGCAAAACAAGCAGCACACCAAAAACUACACACACACACACUCUCUCACACACACACACACAGCAACAAAAUGGCCUUAAUUAUGAAAUACAUCGAGAGCAUAAACAGAUAUAUGGACUCACAUAGUGAUUCAAGGACAAAGGACUGGCCCAUGAUGUCGUCACCCUUCCCCACACUGGCUGUCUGCCUCACAUACGUCUACCUGGUUAAGGUGCUUGGGCCGCGAUUAAUGGAGAAUCGAAAGCCGUUGCAUCUACAGAAUUUGCUGGUCGUCUACAAUGCGUCACAGGUUGUAUUUAGCGCGUGGCUCUUCUACGAGUGUUUAAUGGGCGGCUGGUGGGGCGCAUACAGCUUCCGCUGUCAGCCGGUGGACUACACCGAUAGUCCCACAUCCCGGAGAAUAGGAGUUUCCGGUUGGCUAACAGGACAUUAUAGCUUCCGAUGUCAGCCAGUUGACUAUAGUAAUAAUCCUAGAACGUUAAGGAUGGUUCAUGCGUGCUGGUGGUAUUACUUCUCCAAGUUCACUGAGUUCAUGGAUACGAUGUUCUUCGUGCUGCGCAAGAAGACAAGUCAGGUGACUACGCUCCAUGUCAUUCAUCACGGCUGCAUGCCCAUGUCCGUGUGGUUCGGCGUCAAGUUCACGCCAGGUGGCCACAGCACCUUCUUUGGCCUGCUCAAUACCUUUGUGCACAUUGUGAUGUACACUUACUACAUGUUCUCGGCCAUGGGUCCACAAUACCAGAAGUAUCUCUGGUGGAAGAAGUACCUGACAACGCUGCAGAUGGUCCAGUUCAUUCUGAUCAUGGUGCACGCCUUCCAAUUGCUCUUCAUCGAUUGCAAUUACCCGAAGGCCUUCGUCUGGUGGAUCGGAAUGCACGCCGUCAUGUUCUUCUUCCUGUUCAACGAGUUCUACAAGGCAGCCUACAAAAACCGUCUCAUGAAGAAGAACGCGCAGCUGGCGAACGGACAUGCCAAACCUAAUGGCUACUGCAAGAGCAUCAAUGCCCAUGACGAUCUGUUUCUGCCACAGCCGGUGGCAACAGCCACGCCCACAGCUGCCACAGCGACGACAGAGGCCAAGGCCAAUGGCACGCUGGCCAACGGUCAUGCGAAUGGCCUCAAGAAUGGCUACAAGCAGCUGGCCAAUGGCAACGGGAAUGUGGCCAACGGGAAUGCGGUGCACAGCAAAACGAAUGGCAUUCUGCUCAAUGGCUAUGGAAAUGGCAGCAAUGGCAACGGUUAUGCCACAAAGCUGCUCGACGAUGUGGCACAGGAGCUGACACACCGAAAGACACCCAAAUAAUAUCGGGGCAAUGCGGGUCGGCGCCAACACAGAGCUUAGAGCAGAGAGAGGAGAAAGGAGAAAGGAACAGAGAGGAUCAAGAAGUGAAGAUCGAUCGAGGAUCGAAGCUAAGCAGCGCCAGGAGCAGCAAAACUGUUUGUUCCACACGAGUCAUAAGCACACACACACACACAAACACACCUUCAACUACAACUACACCACACACAUACACAUGCAUUCACACAUACAUACACACACAACGGAGCAAGCAUAAACAUGCACACACAAAGAGAACAAAUAUAUUGUUAUUGAUACGAAAAUAUUUAAUAAUAAUUAUGAUAAUGUAUGUGUGUGUGUGUGUGUAUGUAUGUGCAUUGCUGUUCACAUUGCAUUGCAUACCAUUAAUUAAUUAAUGAAAAAUACAUUUUUUUUGUUGCUUUUUUCUCUUUUUAACUAUUUUAGUUGUACAAAGCUUUGUAUAGAUAAAGAAAACAAAAACACAAAAAACAAACAAAAAAAACAACAACUUAAAAAUCACAAAAAAACAAAAGCAUAAAAACAAUUUAUUAAUUGAGCCUAAUGCUUAUUAAAAUUAAUUGUGUGUGAGCAAGGAAUUAAUCUAUGUAUUUAAGCAUAGAGUUUAAUUUAUACAGUAUAUAAUAAAAUAAUAAAUGGCAAAACAAACAAAAAAAAAUAUACAUAAAACAAAAAAUUCACAACUAGUUGGUUCCAGCAUAAGUCACAAAAGUUUUGUAAAUGUAUAAACAUAAAAAAAUAACAAGCAUAAGUAAAUGGAAAAUCACAGAAAUGGUCAUAAAUUGUAUGUAAUUUAAUAUUAGUCGCAAUAAUUGUUGAGGAAUUUAACACAGCAACAACAACAACUACAACUACAACAACAGUCACAAUUGUUUAAGUCAAGCAACAAAUGACGUUUCAAUCAUAAACGACCACGAAUAUAAAGUAAAGCAAAAAGCAAGCAAACAAAACUCUUAAAAAAAUGGAAAUCAAACAAAAACAAAAACCUACCCACAUGUUUCAUUAAUUUAUUACAAAUAAAUUAUACCGCUAAACUGCAAAAUACAAAUACAAAUUAAUUAUAAAAUAUGCAAAUUUUGCUAUUUCAUAAUGUUACAACAAAAUGAAAUGAAAUGAAAUGAGAAAGAAAAGAAAAACCCACACAAUAUUUAUAAGCUGACAAAAUGAAACUAAGAAAUCCCGAAAGAAAUCCCCGAUUACAACAGAAACCACAAAGUAGACUUUAAGUCCCACAAUUUAGGUUCCAUAGGUAAUUCAAUUGCAAUACAUUUUGUAUGCGUUGUGGUAGCCAUUUUUGUGGAUCGUGGAGCAGUAUGUAAACACUAUGUAUGUAAUUGUAAUUAUUAUUAUUAUUAUUACGAUUAUGAUUAUUAUUAUUAUAUACAGAAACAAAAAAAUACAAAAAACAAAAAUAAUGUGUAGAAAAUUAGGCGAAAAUGGAGUGGAGCAUUUUUUCAAUAAAACACUAAAAAACAACAAAAAAAAAACAAACACAAAGUUCGCUUAUGUAAAAA